AGCUUAAGAACAUAUUAGGGUUUAAAGAUUCGAAGAUUUUUUUUACCGGCAACAUGCCAGUCUAUAUAGCAUCCUACAGCGAAAGCUGCCCGGCCAAAAAUUUGUUUGCGGAGGCUAUUAAAUUGAUAUGUAGCCCCAAAUAUGCAACCAUAGCUGCAUUAGAAGAUUUUGGUAACUUAUGGGAUGGUUACAUAUCCAUUACAUUUUUGAAAUCUGAUAACAGUUCACACGGACAAGAGGUUUUCCAGGACAUAAAAUAUUCAAAAUAUUAUGACAGGUCCCUGGAUGAGAUUUCCUUAAAGCCAUCGACGUCAAAAGAAGCUCUGGAAAAAGAAAAACGUCGCCAAUUACAACGAUGCACUAGGAAGAGCACUAAUAUAACGAAAUAUCGUGUUUUACGCGACUUUCGCGCAGAUCCAUUAGAAGUCGAAAUGCAAAUAAAUGAUGGGAAAAAUGUUAAAAUGAACAUUUACGAAUUCCAUGCGAAUUUCCUUACAACGGCGGAGUACGUCUCCAUGCGGCUCUUUACUUUUGGAUCGAAGAAUUCUAAUUGGUUGCGCAGCCUUGUUGUAGAGUUAAAUUCGCGUUGGAACUUUGACCCAUCUGUUGGUACUCUCUUCGAAAAAUACAUGUACUUGUAUGAGGAUCCGAAUAUGGGCGAUCGUCAACUGUUCACAAAAUUAACUGUGGCGAUUUUAACUAGUCUUAAAUUUUCAAAUAUCGUUCAAACGGCGGAACUAAUAGACAUCUUUAAUACUACAUCGAAUAUUUUUGAAUUCUUAACAAACUCUAAGUUCAGUGUUUGGUUUUUAAUUCCAUACCAAAAUAAUCUAAUACAUUUAGGUGUCGCGUUAGAGAAUUUGGUUGAUUUUAAAUUCCAAGACGCCGACAUUUGCAUACAAAAAAAAUCAGGUAAUCGCAUGGAAAUGUACGAUUGGAAAAAAGCUGAACAUGGACUACAGGACCUGUUUUUAAUAGCGUUUCAAAUGGCCAUCGCCCAUACAUGUGGCCAAACGAUUUUGUAUUUUCAGAAUAUGGAAGCAAUAACUCGAAUGCAAUUGAUUAGAUAUGCCAUUGACUUAAUUAUCGAUAAUGGGCAGCCCAAUAUGAACACAGAUAAGGCUUCAUAUAUAGAUCGAAUAAUAAUGUCAGCCGUUAGUUUAAACUUAACAGCUAUAAUAGAAGUUUCUGGUGGAAUAUCAACACAGAUAAAGGAAAUUAACAUGAUACAGUACUUCAAUGUGUAUGGUACAGAUAUCUGGACAAUGAAUUCUACAACCUCUCAAUAGUUUUUGAGUUUUUGUAUUAAGAUAAGUUA